AUGAAUUUUAGAAUAUUUGACAAAAUUGGAAAUUCAUAUAAAAAAUCAUUACAAAAUAGGCCAGUCAUCACAAAAUCAUUAACAGGUACAGUUGUAUUUUUUUUAGGUGAUACUUUAGCUCAAAAAAUAGAAAAUAGAGGAUAUGAUCCAAAAAGAACAUUAAUGAUGUGUACAGUUGGUACAUUUAUAGUAGUUCCACAAAUUCAUUUUUGGUUUAAAUUUUUAGAUAAAACAUUUACAAAACCAGGAUGGGCAGGAGCAAUACCAAAAGUUGUAGUUGAUCAAUUGACAUUUGGACCAUAUUUAUUUGUAUGCAAUAUGACAUCAGUACAAUUAUUUCAUCAAGGUUUUAAUUUUGAUACUCACCAAUGGAAAGAUAAAAUGAAAAAAGAUUUUUUCCCAGUACUUCAAAAAGCAUGGAUGAUUUGGCCACUUACAAAUUGUAUAUUAUUUAGAUUCGUUCAUCCAGAUUAUAGAAUUUUAAUUAGUAAUUUAGUGAGUGUUGGUUGGAAUUGUAUUUUAUCAACUGUUUCAAAUAAAUCAUUUUUAAAAAAUAAUAAUAAUAAUAAUGAUCCUUCAAUUUCAACAAUGGCAUCAUUAAAUGAAUAG